AAUCUUCUCUCCUAUCUCUUCCAAUCCCUCUCUAUCUAUCCGCUUCCCCUUUCUCUCCUUCGCUGUUAAAUUUUCAAUCUUUCUCGUUGCUUUUCGAUUUCAAGCUCGAAUUUUUCACUAAGGUUCCUCCCCUUUCUCCGACAAAUUCUACUCACGGACGAACAAACCAGAAGACAACGAGCUCAUGAUUGAGAUUGUGACCUUUGUGUAAAUGAUUCACUGCUCAUCUGGAGACAAUGGUGUUGGUAACCCACAAAUUGCAGGGUUCACAUGUCUUGUUUCCUUGGAGUUCACCAACAUGGACCAAAGGCUUGAUUAUUAAGAGACCUGUUCCGACAGUGCAUUUUGUUGGGAGGAAAGAAAAGCAUUUACGAUUGAAGCAAAAUUGUUGUUUCAGUUUAGGGUCCCCUUGCAGUGGUGGGUUGAAAGCAAAAUCUUUCAGAGUUACAUCUUUCAAAGGCGGCAUCAAAAAUAGUGAGUCAGGAGGAAGUGAAGGUGGGAAGAAAGUUACUAAUAACUCAGUCAAACUAUCUUACCGUUCAGAUGAUGACGAAAAUAAUGUGAACGGCUCUCCAAAAGCACAAAACACAUCGCUUUCAUAUACCUCGGAAACAGAGGAUAUCACAGGACAACCCGCUAUUCAGAAGCUAUUCAAGAAAUGGUUAGCACUGUUGCGCACACAGUCACCUAUUCAAGUGAUUGACGAGGCUUUGGGAGGAGAACAUGUUCCAGAAACGACAAAGCCAGAAAUUGAAACAGAUAUCCGGAAAACAGAAAGCCUUCAGAGUACAAAAAAUACAGUAUGGUCCUGGUUUUGGAGUCUGGAUGCUGCUAUCAAGAUUCCAUUGCUGUUAUUUGUUCCAGCUUUCUUAGCUGUCAACGCAAUUUAUGGUGCUGAGGUUACAAAGGAGUUAUCCCCUUUGUGGAUGGCUGGUCCCUUGAUCGUCGCCCUUUAUAUCAAAAUGUUCCAAGGACUAUGUGCCCUUUACGCCUUCUGCUUCAACCAAACUAUCAAAAUGAUAAGAAACGUACCAUCUUAUUACCUUGUAGCAUACCAUUACAUUUCCCAUGGCAAGCUCAGAGAUGACAUGAGAGCUCUAGUGACUCGACCAGUGGCGGCCAUCAAGAACACUGAUUACAGAGAGCUCAGUCGCACCAAACUGAAACAGUUCCAAGAAUGGAUCAUUGAGAAGUACUUGGAUUUUGUUGAAUCUAUAUGGCCUUAUUACUGCAGAACUAUAAGAUUCCUGAAGAGGGCUAACCUGAUUUGAAGCUCGUCGACAUGGAACCGUUCAGAUUCUGACUUCUCAGGGCUUCUCGAUGAUCUGUUUUUUUAUUUCUUUUCCUUCUCUGUGCUUUCUUGAUGUCUUUGCUUUUACCUUUUUUGAUUCUUAAUUUUAGAAAGGCUUUUCAUGUUGAUGAUGUUGUCUCCAUGUAUACUGUACCCUUUUUGAGGUUUUACAAUGAGUUCUCUUA